GCCCAGUCACAGCCCAAGAGCCGGAGCGACCUCUCAACCUGUCCGCCAUGGGGGAGAUGGAGCAGCUGCGGCAGGAAGCGGAACAGCUCAAGAAGCAGAUUGCAGAUGCCAGGAAGGCCUGCGCUGACAUCACUCUGGCAGAGCUUGUGUCUGGCCUAGAAGUCGUGGGACGAGUCCAGAUGCGGACGAGACGUACGCUAAGGGGACACCUGGCCAAGAUCUAUGCCAUGCACUGGGCCACGGACUCCAAGUUGCUAGUCAGCGCCUCGCAAGACGGGAAGCUGAUCGUGUGGGACACCUACACCACCAAUAAGGUCCACGCCAUUCCUCUGCGCUCCUCCUGGGUCAUGACCUGUGCCUAUGCCCCAUCGGGGAACUUUGUGGCAUGUGGGGGGCUGGACAACAUGUGUUCCAUCUACAGCCUCAAAUCCCGUGAGGGCAAUGUCAAGGUCAGCCGGGAACUCUCUGGCCAUACAGGUUAUCUCUCCUGCUGCCGCUUCCUGGACGACAACAGCAUCGUGACCAGCUCCGGGGACACCACGUGCGCUCUGUGGGAUAUUGAGACCGGGCAGCAGAAGACUGUGUUUGUGGGACACACAGGGGACUGCAUGAGCCUGGCUGUGUCUCCCGACUUCAAGCUCUUCGUUUCGGGGGCCUGCGACGCCAGCGCCAAGCUCUGGGACGUGCGGGAGGGGACCUGCCGGCAGACGUUCACUGGCCACGAGUCGGACAUCAACGCCAUCUGUUUCUUCCCCAGUGGCGAGGCCAUCUGCACCGGCUCAGACGACGCCUCCUGCCGCCUGUUUGACCUGCGGGCAGACCAGGAGCUGACGGUCUACUCCCACGAGAGCAUCAUCUGCGGCAUCACGUCCGUGGCCUUCUCCCUCAGCGGCCGCCUGCUCUUCGCGGGCUACGACGACUUCAACUGCAACGUCUGGGACUCCAUGAAGGGCGAGCGUGUGGGCAUCCUCUCUGGGCAUGACAACAGGGUCAGCUGCCUGGGGGUCACAGCUGACGGGAUGGCGGUGGCCACCGGCUCCUGGGACAGCUUCCUGAAAAUCUGGAACUGAGAAGGCUGGAGGAGGGGAGGUAAAAGGCCGUGAAGACACUCAGCUGCCCCUUGCUCGGCUCACUUUCUUCAAGGUUCCUUAAAGGCUUUCUCUUCUAUCCCCCUGCUGCCGUUCCCACAAGCUUUCUCCCCUCGAGACCCGAGGGGAACACAGGGUGUGCCUCUGGGAGGCAGCAUCCGAGCUGGGCAGAGCACCAUCCCAUCUCCUCCCGUGGUCUUCCCUCUCUGUGGUCCUCAUAGUUUCUCCUUUAAUAAGUAAGGACAGCAGACCCCUCCCCAGCUCUGGGCAGCCCAGCAGGCGUCAGUAGGAGGCUCCAGGCCUGAGGACUUCUCCUCCAGGCUACUACCUUUGUCCGGGGUAAAGACCUGGCCAGGGCGCUCGGCCCCGUGACUAUGACUCUGGCACCACCAGGGUCCUGGCCCCCUUCUCCUUCAUGCUUUCCCCUUUGCCUACCUUCCCCCGCCCCCUCUUCAAAUCACCUGCAAUAA